GGGAUGAAUUUAUUCUUCAAAAUUUUAUUUUUGUCAAGAUUGGUGUUUACUUGUUUGGCUGCUGUUGGUGGAGAUGAUGAUAGAUUGAAUUUGUCAGCAAUUUUACCUUUUGUUCCAAAUUGGUUUGAAGAGCAAGGGAAUAUAGGAUGGGGCAUGAAUUGGGAUUUGUUUUAUGAACUGCUUUCUGGCUUCCUGAACAUUGUUUUCCUAAGGCGUGAACCAAAAUCUGAUGCAGAUAAGCCAAGGGCUGUAAGGAAUAUCUUUUUUAUUAGACAUGGAAUAUAUUUUAGAAAGAAUAGAACUGUUGAUGAACAAAAGCUUACUCCGCUUGGACGUGAACAAGCCGAAUUUCUUGGGAAACGAUUGGCGGAGGUUAAGAACGAGUACAAAUUUGAAAAAUGCGUGUUCUCUACAAUGCUUAGAGCAAGACAAACUGGUGAAAUAAUAAUUAAGCAAAUGCCUCAUUUAAAAUUUAAUUGCAAAUUGGAUUCAAUUUUGGAAGAGGGGUCGCCAUACCCUGCAGAACCGUUUAAAUCUCAUUGGAGACCAAUAGAACCUUCAGUGUAUCAUUCAGAAGGAGCUCGUAUGGAAGCCGCUUUUCGAAAAUAUAUUCAUCGUGCUGACCCUUCGCAGAAAGAAGCUAGUUAUGAACUUAUUGUGUGUCAUGCGAAUUUAAUUCGUUAUUUUGUUUGUAGGGCUCUUCAAUAUCCACCUGAAGGCUGGGUGCGUUUUAAUGUGGCACAUACUUCAAUAACUUGGAUAUUAAUUCUACCAAGUGGUCAAGUAGCUAUAAACACAGUUGGAGAUGCUGGACAUUUGCCUCCCGAUAAACUUACUUUUCACAAUGUUUAA